CGGAGGUGAGAGAGAGGUUUAAGACCGCGUGCUUGCUGUGCUGGUUGCUUUGUGCUGCUUAUUUCUUGUCCUUUCUUCCUUCGGACAUCCAGCAAGUACGAGCCGUGGAAGGCCUCCUUUGCUACUCGACACAGUCCGCCGAUCGAUCCAAUUCACCAUUUUUUCACCCGAGCCUCCGCACACGAUGACCUUCGCGCGACACGUCUUCUCGCCGGAGCCGUCCGCGAUGCAACUCGUAUACGGCGACAACGAUACCGCCGGGUUCCUCAAUUUGCUCUCCUCGUUCCAAGCGCUUGUUCUCAAGUCCGCGCUCUUCAUCUCGAUGCAUAUCUUCCUGUUCAUCUUCACCCUGUCGCGGGGAGAAAAAGGGCAGGAGCAGCAGCCUCGGCAACGAGGUUUCUCUUGGACAGCGAAGGAGCAGCACAAUUUCGGGCAGAAAAACGCGCCUGCGGAGGCGAUGCCAGGUGCUGAUAUCCUGAAGCACGGGAGGAAAGACAGCCUGUUCUCCUGAGCUUGUUGUGUGAUUGGAGUGCUAAGAAUACACCUUGAGCAAGGGAUGCGUAGAAAAUUUAUUCGUCUCCAAGUAUCAUUCAUGGAUCGUUCCGCGUCGUUUACGAGGUCGUUGAUAUUCCUUGGCGCGUGUCAUCGGAAUGCAUGGCGAGAAGAGAUGGACUUCGUAAACAUUGGUUGUUGUAUUGGCGCACGGCGGAAGGGGCAGUGAAAGAUUGUGGAACGUACAUCCAUGGUGUAGCGACUGCGCACAUGAUGAGUGGGUGACUGCAAGAAAGUGUUACCUUGGCUAAACUCCUUUGGUUGAGAGAUUUGAACGUGCGCACGCUGAACCAGGUGGUUGGAAUUUGCGUUAUGUAUCGUGUACUCAAG